AUGGCCCUAUGGACGCGCCUCCUGCCCCUGCUGGCCCUCUGGGCGCCCGCCCCCGCGCAGUCUGAGGACCAGCACCUGUGCGGCGAGUAUCUGGAGGAUGUGAUGACCAUAACAUGCGGAGAUCGGGGCUUCAAGAAUCCCAUGGCCCCCCUGGAGCUGCCCGACCCACAGGGCGUCCUGAACCGCAUCUCCCUGGAGGAGCUCCUGCAGAAUAGCGGCAUCGUGGAGGAGUGCUGCAUCAACGUCUGCUCAUUGUAUGAGUUGGAGAGAUACUGCAACUAG